AUGGCCGCGCCAACUCGGGGAGCUCUGGGACGACGGCGACGCCGCAAAGGCGGCGGCGGGGCCCGCGCCUUCAUGGGCUACGCGGCCCGCGGCGGCCUGCGGGUCGGGCGGCGGCGCCAGCUGCGGCGCAGAGGGCUGAGGGGGUGGCCGAGGCUGAAGCCGCGGAGGAGGCAGGGAGAGGACCGCAGCUCCAGCAGCCGGCAGCCCUGCGGACGGGACCGACACGGGCUCUUCCGGCUGCCGGCAGCAGCGUCAGUGGCGGGCCGGGCGGUCAGGAGGCCGCGCCUCGCCCCGCCCGGCUUCCCCAAAGGCCGGCGCCGGGUUGGAGACACCACGGUGCAAGUGAAGGCCAGAGAAAACGGAUUUGGCUAUAUUGGACACCUGGUCACCAGCGCUGCUUAUAACUCUGGCAGAGUGGAUGUUGUUUUCAUCAUUGACCUCAAUUGUGUGGUCUACAUGUUCCAGUAUGAUUCCACACAUGGCAAGUUCCACGGUGCAGUCAAGGCUGAGAAUGGAAAGCUUAUCAUCAAUGGACAUCCCAUUUACGUUUUCCAUAAGUGAGAUCCUACCAAAAUCAAAUUGGAUGCUGGUGCUGAUUAAGUUAUAGAGUCCACGGGUGUUUACGCUACCUUGGAGAAGGCUGGGGCUCCUAGCAGGGGAGCCAAAAGGGUCAUCCUCUCUGCCCCCUCUGGUGGUCCCAUGUUUGUGAUGUGUGUGACCCAUGAAAAGUAUAGAAACAUCACGAUCCUCAGCAAUGCCUCCUGUAUCACCAACCACUCAGCCUCCCGGGCCUAGGUCAUCCAUGACAACUUUCACAUCAUGGGAGGACCCAUGACAACAGACCAUACCAUCACUGCCACCCAGAGGACUGUGGGAAGGCCCUCUGGGAGACUGUGGCAUGACAGGGCUCUCCAGAAUGUCAUCCUGGCAUUUACUGGCACUGCCAAGGCUGUGGGCAAUGUCAUCCCUGAGCUGAAUGGGAAUCUCACCUGCAUGGCCUUCUGUGUCCCCACUGACAACAUGUCAGUCAUGGACCUGACCUGCCAUCUGGAGAGACCUGCCAAAUCUGAUGAUAUCAAGAAGGUAGUGAAGCAGGCAUCAGAGGGACCCCUCAAGAGCAUCCUGGGCUACACAGAGCACCAGGUUGUCUCCUCUGACUUUAACAGCGACACCCACUCUUCCACCUUCAAUGCUAGGACUGGCAUUGCCAUCAACAACCACUUUGUCAAGCUCAUUCCCUGGUAUGCCAAUGAAUUGGCUAUAGCAAAUAUGGUCCACAUGGCCUCCAAGGAGUAA